CGGGGCCUGCAGCUUCCCUGCAUGAUUACACUUCUCGGUAGGCGGCAAACACCAGCCAAGACGUCCGGACAGCCCGAAGCAGAUCUAAGCAUACAACGUCACGCUUGCGGACGAGAAUGUGACGUAUGCGGGGCUAAACCUUCGGCUGAUGGCGAGCCUGACGGCGGCACGAGACCCAAACAUUAGCGUAUAGCUGUGUCUUGCCUUCUUAAAGUCGCAACACUUCUUCCGCCACUAGCCCAUCUCACUUAGAACCUACGAAACCUCGCUUUUGGACUUUGGGAGUUCGACUACCUCGAUGGCAGCCAAGGAAUACUACUACGGCACUGCUGGUGCGCAGCAGAUGCAGCACCAGAACCGACCGCAGCCCUACCCUCCACAACAACCUCAGUAUCCAUAUCAGCAACAGCCGCCGCAGCCUGACCAGCCAUACCCUCAUACCCCGCCACCAUCAUACUCGCCCUUCCCGCCGCAGCAACAACAGCAAGUUCAAAGCUAUUCUCCUCAACCCCAGUACCAGCACCAACCCCAAGCCUAUCCUUCCCAACCGCAAGGCUACCCUUCAAAUGCCGGGCCACCAUAUCCGCAAACACCGCACUCGGGACCGCAGAAAUAUCCUUCGGAGCGUCCACCGCCGCAGAACGAACACCUAGGUGUGCCCUUUCAACCGCAACGGAGCCACUCCCAGCCACCGCGAGUCCGCUUCGCAGACAAGGACGAGUACGCCGACGACAGCGAGUCAACAACAGACCGGUCCUACACGUCAGAAAGCGACUCCCCGCGCCGACGCCACCGCCGUCGCAAACAUCGGCACUCCCACUCUGGAUCCCGCGACCACGACCGAGACCACGACCGAGACCUCGAGCGCUCCCGGCACCGCGGAUCCCAGAGAGCAGACCACAAGGACCGAGACACAUUCCUCGGCGCGGGAGCAGGCGGCCUCGUUGGCGAUUUGAUCUUCCCUGGGCUCGGCACGGCCGCUGGUUUGUUGCUGGGAGGUUAUGGUGGGAGGAAGCAUGGAAAAAGGAGGAGUCGGAGUCAGGAUUUGGAGGACCGGGAGAGCCAUCAUGGAAGGAGGGGAGCGGGGAGCGGAUGGGAUGAGGCGAGUGCAACGUACAAGAAGGGGACUACUGUGAGGUAGGUGAGUGGCCAGGAAGUGGCGUGAGGUCUGGUGCAUGGCUUAAGGCCCUGAUAGAUGGCGGCUCCGAGAAUUCCUACCUAUACACGACCACGGCUCCUGUAUCUAAAUGUUUUCCAUUCUCCAUUUUGACACCCCGAGAGGCCUCAUAGAUCAGCGAUUGUUGGGAUACCUUACCUGUGCAUGGGUUGCUGUACAUAUCUCUAUUCCAUUUUUCAUCAUUAGCAGACCUUUAAUCAUAAGGAAGGAAUCAAGACAAAGUACGAUGAAUGCGUUGCUAAACAGCC